AUGAUCUCCCCUGCUUAUCAACUGUUCCUCGAUCAACCGGCUCUGCUAAACCUAAGGAUAAUUUGCAAUGGGUGGCUCAGUGGCAACGAUACAGAUAUGAACAAAGUACUUCGAAAUGCUUACGCCGUUGGUAACUUCAAUGUCAUCAUUAUGGACUGGACUAAUGCUAAGCUGGAUGUGAACAACACCUACUUGAUCGGACAGAGUUUGGGAGCACAUAUUGUUGGCUUCGCUGGGAAACUUAUUCAAACUCUUAAGAUCAAUACGAUUUUCGGAUUAGAUCCUGCAGGUAUACCUUUCAAUACUGCUGGUCCUAAUGAUCGCCUGAAUAUCGGGGACGGGUCAUAUGUGGAAACAAUUAACACUGAUGUUGGUGUUCUGGGGUCGGAUAUGUCAAUUGGAAAUGCAUCCUUUUUCCCGAAUUAUGGAACACUACAACCAGGUUGCAUUGAUCCGACGACAUUAUGCAGUCACGCUCGUGCUAAUGUUUACUUUGGCGAAUCUAUUGAGGCCUCGGUUGACUUCUAUGCGGCGCAAUGUUCAGCAUUUAAUAAUAUAAUUUUUCGUGAUUGCAAUGAAACAGGACCUGUGGCAUACAUGGGAGGUGAACCAUCGAAUUAUGAUAGAGGAGUGAAUAGUAUCUACUAUUUGCCGAUAAAUUCUGACCCGCCCUGA